UAUGGCAACUAUUUUGUCCCAAAAAACCCCUUUUUUGAGGCUUGAAGGGACACUUCACGCUAGCGGUACAUUAUCAUCGGCACGGUUCAUGGGACGUUACCAUCGGCGGGACACUGCGCGGCUGGGAGGUGCCUCACGGCACUCUCGAGACGCUAGGACGCUUGAAGGGGUCAUUCAUUGGUUCUCCUAUACGUGCUUAGCUAUAGGAUUCUCAAUGCAGUAAGUCAGCAGAGUAUUCAUGCAACAUGUCUUCUGC